CAGAGGAAGUCCCUGGAAAGAGUGUAGUAUGACCGACGACGUGGUCAAGUGUCUGGUUAGACGGGUUUCGGUUCUGAGUUUACUGCUAGAAAAUCAUAUUCAUCAUGCUUUCUAUUCGUAGAAUUUUCAGUAGAAACCUUAUUGCUCGUACUAUGACACCUACACUUAGUUAUGGGACAGCUGUCUAUUCAAAAGUGUCAUCCAGUGGUUUGCCGGAUAUGCCACCCUGUGAUUUUCAGCCAACUCCUUAUAAGGGUCCUAGUUACAAUGAAGCCCAAGAGAUACGUACAAAUAACUCGGCCCUCAACAUUAUGACCUAUUACAAGAAACCUGUAUUGAUUAACCAGGGCCACAUGCAGUGGCUGUUUGAUGAUGAAGGUCGGCGUUACCUUGACCUCUUUGCCGGUAUCGUCACAGUCAGCGUAGGACACUGUCAUCCGAAAGUAAAUGCUGCCCUCAAAGAACAAGUAGAUCUUCUGUGGCAUACAACUAACAUCUAUAUGCACCCAAGAGUACAUGAGUACGCAGUUAAACUCACGGAACGCCUGCCAGAUCCUUUGAAAGUGUGUUUCUUUGUGAACAGUGGAAGUGAGGCCAAUGAUCUAGCAUUGUUCAUGGCAAGAUCAUAUACCCAGGCCAAUGAUGUCAUUGGCCUCAGGAGUGCCUAUCAUGGAAUGAUAUCUAGUUUGGUAGGAUUCACUGCAAUGGGCAAUUGGAUGUUUGAUGUACCCAAAAAUUCAGGAAUUCUGAACACGAUCAACGCAGACCCAUUUAGAGGACCGUGGGGCGGAAGCAACUGCAGAGACUCUCCAGUACAGACCAUAAGGUCAUGUGACUGCAAAGCUGGACAGUGCUUUGCCAAAGAUAUGUAUGUUGAUCAGGUAAAUGAUCUGCUGAAACACUGCACACCUAAGAAGAUUGCGGCUUUUAUUGCAGAAUCUGUCCAGGGAGUAGCUGGAGGUAUUCAGUUCCCAAAAGGUUUCCUGAAGGAAGCUUUUUCUCUGGCUCGGGCCAAAGGAGGCCUGUGCAUUGCGGAUGAAGUCCAAACUGGAUUUGGUCGAAUGGGCAGUCAUUUCUGGGGAUUUGAGACCCAUGAUGUUGUGCCAGAUAUUGUUGUGAUGGCCAAGGGGAUGGGAAAUGGUUUUCCCCUAGCUGCUGUUGUAACAACACCAGAGGUUGCCAAGACGAUGCACCAAGCUUUACAUUUUAAUACAUUUGGUGGCAACCCAAUGUCCUGUGCUGUUGGAUCAGCUGUACUUGAUGUUUUGGAUGAGGAUGGCAGCCAAGCGAACGCAGCCGACGUAGGUACAUACAUGCUGCUGGAGCUGGCCAAGCUGAGAGAUAAAUUUGAAGUUGUUGGUGAUGUCCGAGGCAAAGGCUUGAUGAUUGGGGUUGAAUUUGUUACAGAUAAGGCCUCAAGAAAACCGCUUCCAGCAGAAGAGAUCAACCAUAUAUGGGAAAGUACCAAAGACCUUGGUGUGCUGGUUGGAAAAGGUGGUCUCCAUGGCAAUGUAUUACGCAUUAAACCUCCUAUGUGUAUUACACGAGAGGACGUUGAUUUUGCCAUCGCAGUAUUUCAGAGGGCACUAGAACACCACCAAAAUGCAUACUCUUAAAGAUGGUCGUACAUUAUAAUUCAUUCUUUUUUUAUGGUCUAUUUUUUUUCUGGUUUCUAACAUAUUUUAUAUUUUUUUUAGAUAAUAAUAUUUAUAAUAGAUUACAUCCAAAACAAACUUGUGUGGUCCAGUCUAUUAACAAUAUAACACAAGAGUUAGUUAUUGUUAAACAUACCGCGUCUUCAAAUUUGUUGGACUAAUUUUCUAUUUCAAGAGUGAAAUAAAACGUUACAUUUUAAGCAUACCAGAUACAUGAUUCGAGCAUAUCAGUAACAGUUGGGCAUGUUUCCUCAACAGAGGUGCAUGUACGUUGAGUCUGUAUUAGACCUAUAGUAGUAAUAUAAAACUUGUAGAAGUAGAUGUCAAAUUUUUCAAAAUCAUAAAAAAAUUGAAAAAAAGGAAAAUUAUAAAUUAUAUUUAGGUCUGAGAGUGCCAUUUCCGGCCAUCCAGAGGUGUCAUAACUAUAAAUUUUCUUACCUCACCUCACCCAUGGCAGGACUGAGGUGGUCUAGAUUCCCCAUCUGUGAAAAUCCCUCCCUGGACCCCAACUAUUUUGAUUUCCUGGAUGGACCAGUGGUGUGUUUGUAGAUUCAAAUACAAAUUUAUUUUAAAUCAUUGGUUCCUGUUCUUAGUGCAGGCAGAGUGCAUGCAUAGCUAUGGCCCGGGCUUCUCAAAUAAUAAUUGGCACGAUUGUGGCUCGGACUCUCGGUAUUGAUACGCAGUGUCCCAAAAUCGUAAAUAUGCAAGUCGGUUGUAUGCUUGUAAGGCACUGUAUCCACGUUGUCAUCGUUUUAAUGACUGGUGUAAUAAUACGAAGUACUAAGAGUGUAGAGUACUUACUAUAAAUGCUGACCUCAUAUCAUAUUAAUCACUCAGCCCAGAAAUGUGCUAUACAACCCUGUUCAGCCCUACCAAUGUCAGUGGCCUAGGCUAUGCUGAGCUUAUCUAAAUUCUUCAUAUUUUUUUAUGAAUUGAUGAAGUGUUCUUAAUAUACAUAAUGUUAUAAAAGUAUCUUACCCACUAUUUUCAGUGUUUAGGCAAGAUUUUUGAGACCACUCCAAAAACCUAAUUGUACCAUAGGGAAUCUUGAGCAAGUUUCUUGGUUAUUGUUUUAUUACAGUAGCGAAGAUUUUCUUGAGUUCGGUCUAUUUUGUAUAUUGCAUUAAAAAAAUAAUGUAGAUUUUACAUUGAACUGAAUAACUAGUGGCUUAGAAGGAGGAAAAUACGAAACUGUUUUUAGGUAUAUUUUAGAAUAUUUAAACUUACUGAAGUGACCUCAGAAUUAUGUCUUCCAAGUAUAGAAUCAAAAAAGUUAUACUGUAUUGUAUUUUUUUAACAUAUUAUAGUGUUAGCCAACAUCAAUUAUGCCAUAUUAUCAAUCGUAUGAAAUAGAUUAUUAUAUAAUAUAAAUAUUAUUAUUAUUGGUGCAUUAAUACAUUUAUUGAUUGGAAUAUUUAAUUGGAUUGGAAUUUUUAAUUGACUUGUUGAUGUGCACAGUCUCGUCAAAAUGCAAAAUAAAUGGCCAAUCAAA